GGAAUUGUCUAGCAUUUUGUACUAUCUAGUUGACAAGUGAUAUUUCUUGCUUAAAGUAUCGCCAGCCCACGCAACAGGCUGGGCGCUGAGACUGGAAAGAAUGGACUAGCCUGCGUAGAGGCGCGGGACUUCGUUCCGCGGCACCAUAAGAAAUGACUGAGCACCCGGCACGGGUUGUGCCGGUGGCACAGAACUAUGACUUUGAAGAGUCGUCGCUACGAAGCGCACUCGUGGGCGAGGUAUACCUACAGCCACUAUGCGAGCGAAGCUUGCAAUUUCUUUCACGAACAAACGUUGUCCGUCGCUGGAGCGCCGCUAUUGUCUUCUCAAAGCUGUUCCAAUGGCUGGUAUUGCUCGCAAUCCUUUCCAAUUGCGUAACACUCAGUAUGGCCAGCCAGCGGUCGGGUUUUGAUGGCACGCCCUUUGGGCAAAUCCUUUUCCAAAUCGACUAUGUCUACAUAUCAAUCUUCACAGUGGAGGCGCUGCUGAAGAUCAUCGCUAUGGGGCUGGUGAUGGAAAAGAAAACAUAUCUGCGCGACGGUUGGAACGUGCUGGACUUCCUGGUGGUGGUGUCUGGCUUUGUCAACCUGGCCGUUCCAACCAACCUGACGGGCAUUCGGACCGUCCGUGCUUUGCGGCCAUUGCGUACGGUGAACCGCGUGCGUGGCAUGAAGGUGCUCGUGACCACGAUGCUGAGCUCUCUGCCUAUGCUCAUGGACGUGUUCGUGCUGUGCGCCUUCUGCUUCUUCAUGUUCGGCAUUAUUGCGGUGCAGCUCUUCGCGGGCGUGCUGCGCAACAGGUGCGGCAACCCGGACUUCAGCGGCGCCUACAACGUGACGCAGCCGGAUGGGCUGCUGCUGAUCGCCAAUACCAGCUAUGUAGUGCCGGACCAGGAGGCGGACUCUACCUGCAGUGGGCCGCUGUCAGCGGAGACGACGUGGUACUACAUUGACGGGGCGGUGACGGCAGUCCUCGGACCAAGCGGCAAUGGCGGGGGCCGUGUGUGCGACACGAACAUGUUUUGCAUGAUGUACCGUAACCCUAACUACGGCAUGACGAGUUAUGACCACAUCCUUUGGUCCUGGCUCACCAUCUUCCAACACAUUACGCUCUCCGGUUGGACAGACACAAUGUACAUGACUCAGGACGCUGUGAGCUUCUGGGUGUGGCCCUUCUACCUGGCACUAGUCAUCUUCGGCUCUUUCUUUAUGAUCAAUCUGGCGCUGGCGGUGCUCAGCAUCAACUUCUCCACUGACAAUUUCAAGGAGGAGCAGCACGCCAAAGAGGCGGAGCAAAACGAGAGGCGCUGGCUCAGCGGCGAUGAGGGAGAGGCGCAGUCGCAGUCUGGGCCCAGCAUCGCUGUGGGGCCAGGGGCACUGGGGAGUGUGACGGGAGCUCUUAUGCUGCAGCCACAGGGACAGUCGCAGGGGCAGCCGCAGGCAAGCGCGGAGAGCGAGGAGAAGCUCAACGCCAUGCUGCUGCUGCAGGCUCGGCACAAGCGCCACGAGGCUGACCCAGAUGAGGAGGAAAUGGCACCUGGCGCGCCGCCGCCUCCGGGACUGGGGCCCAUGCGGCGCGCGGCGUGGCGCAUGUCCGUCAGCCGCUGGCUGGAGAUCCUGACCGCUGUGGUAAUCAUCCUUAACACAGUGCUUAUGUGCAUCAACUGGUUUGAGAUGCCGGAGUCAGUAGCGGAAGCCACCAACUACAUAAACUACGUGUUCACCAUCUACUUCCUGCUGGAGAUGAUCCUAAAGAUGACCGGGUUCGGCUUGGCCAGGUACUUCCGCGACGGCAUGAACAUCUUCGACUGCCUGGUGGUGGUGAUCUCGGUGACGGAGAUGGUCCUGGACAUCAUCCCCUCCGUGUCGGGCCUGGGGCCGCUGUCCGUGCUGCGGGCCUUCCGCCUGCUGCGCAUUUUCCGACUGGCGCGGAGCUGGCGCGACCUCAACAUCAUCAUCCGCGGCAUGUUUAACAGUGUCAAGGCGUCAUUCAUGCUGGUGCUGCUCAUGGUGCUCUUCCUGUUCAUCGCGGCACUGGUUGGAAUGCAGCUGUUCGGCUACCAGUUCAUGUUUUGCGACUACGUGGAGGGCGCCGCGCCAACCUGCCCCCUGGGAUGGAACGUGUGGGGCCAGUGCCCCGACCACUUCCACUGCUACCUCCCCUGCACGUCCGCCGAUUACGGGAGCUGGGUGAACGCGACCGGCUCGUUUUACAACGACCUCGCGUACUGCGAGCGCUUCUGCGCUAACGACCAGGCGGCUGCAGCGGCCGACGCCAACGCCACAUCGCCGGACGUGGCGGCGGCGGGCGGGUGCGAGUAUCUGGCGAACGUGGGCAAGUCGGAAGUGCCCAGAGCCAACUUCGACAACAUCUUCUGGGCGCUCUUCUCCGUGUUUCAGGUCUUGACAGGCGAGAACUGGAACGACGUGAUGGUAAACUCCAUGCGCACGUUAUCACCCUGGGCCUCGCUCUAUUUCGUGUGCGUCAUCCUCAUCGGCAACUACCUAGUGUUCAACUUGUUCAUCGCCAUCUUGCUGGAUAACCUGCAAUUCACUGACGAGCUGCGAAAGGAAGACGAGAGGACGGAAGCCCGCAAGGCGAACAAGAGCAGCGCCAGCCGGAGGGGAACGCAGGGUGCUGGUGCUAGCGGUACCGCAGAUGGCGGCAGCAGCGGCAAGGCUCACGACGGCCUACAGCUGCUGGCUGCUGCUCUGCAACCACUGGACAGCGGCGUUGCGGGCGCUGCGGGUCCAGCAACCAAGGGCCAUGCCUUCGGCCACGCAAACGGCAGCUCCGCCACCCAUGCAAACGGUGAUGAGGAGCAAGAGACGGCGGCUGCGUUCCGGGCAAUCCUGCUCAACGGCCAGGCUGCGACCCUGUACGACAACCCGCUGGCGCACCACCGCAGCAGCAGCCUGGAGGAGGGGGAGGGCGAGGAGGGGCCGGCGGAUGCAGAUGAGUAUGGCAGCGGGGGCGGGCGGCAGCUGCAGUUGCAGGGCGCAGGGGCCGAUGGCGCGCCGGGUGCGGAGGGCGUACCCGCAGCACGCCAGGGCCAGGGCGAGGAGGACAUGCGGACCUCAACCCGCCUUCACCACGCCCCGGCCUCUGGUCCGCUGCCGCCUCUGGACCUUCCGGCGGGAAUGCGCGCACAGCUGCCUGCAAUACGCAAUGCUACUGUGUUGCCGCCAGUGCGCAGUGGCUCCGCGGGCCUAAAGGGCUUGCCCCCCACACCCUCGCGUCCGUCCGCACUCCCGCCCAUCCAGCCUCGCCCUAGCCUGGCCGGCUCAGGUCCGGGCGCGGCUAGUGACCCGUUGCUGGCAGCUGCCCGCACCCAGUUCACAUCUGCCGCGGAGGUGCGCCCAUCUGUGAGUGAUACCGUCGGCCCUUCCACGCCUCACAGCCCUGGGGCCCUUCCAACGGAGGCAGCCUCCGGCACCAGGAGCUCAGCCGUACGGGCCGGCGCCGCAUCCCCACAUGCAGGGUCACUGCCGCCGCUCCAUGCAGGGCGGCAGCAGAUGGCCGGGCCCGUGGCGGAGGCGCGCGCGGUGUCUCUGAAUGGCACCGACCCUGCCGCCGCCACUGACCCAGCAGCUGUGGACUCGCUACGGCAGGCCGCGCCGCUCAUGGAGAACGCGAGCGUGCGCGGCCAGCAGCGGGCGAAAAGCGCUGGCGCGGGCGUGUCUGCUCUCCUGGCGAUUUCACAGGUGGCCACAGCGCCGCUUAAGCUGGCGGGCCAGGAGUUGCCAUUCGCCUCUCCGGCCUCAGCCCGGCUCCCCGGAUCAUUGUCUGGAGCGGGCGUGGGCCAACUCACUGAGCCAUCCACGCCCUCUGAAGCGAGGAACGAAAUCGGCAUGCCGCCCGCCCAGCCGGGCACUCCGUUCAGUACAGCGCAGGCCACGCACGUGGCACAGCUGCCAGGAGGUCGGCGACAGCCUUGCUCACCCUCGGCUGCCGAUACCAGCUCCGGUGCCGCCGCUGCUGGCACGGCGGCUGCGUUGUCGCCACGGCGCAACAGUGCGGACCGCUCUGGCGCGCCGCUCCUGCCCUCUCCCCCACCGCUGCGUUCGGCGCGGUCCCAGUGUCGCGAGGACAGCGUGGUCCUGCAGUCGCGGCUGCCACUGCACGAGGGCGGCCCCACCAACACCACCUUGCACCCGCAGCCAGCUGUAGCAGCCGCCACACCGCUGCAGGGGCAGCAGCACCACCACCACCAGGAUUACCAGGACCAGCAACAGCAACAGCCAGCGCCCAUGCACUCCCCCACAAAGACGGCCGGGGAGUGGAUCGACCGCCUGCGCACGGUGACCUCGGAGAGCCAGAGAGUGCGCAACGACAUCAGCGUCAGUACUUCCAGAGGCGAGGGCAUGGACGGCGAGGAGGAUGAAGCAGAUUUUGUGGAGAAGGAGCGGGAUGAUGAUGAUGACUGGCAAGGGAAGGCCGGAGGGGACUCCGCACAUGGCGGCAAGGCCGGCCCCAAAGCUCUUGCAGUGGCAAGCCAGCCGUCGGGCGCACUGGUCAACCUCUCGCAGGCGGUGUGGGAGGAGCGGCUGCAGGGCCGCGCUCUCUUCAUCUGGGGCCCCGAGUCGCGCUUCCGGCGUGGCGUGGCGAACUUGGUGUUCAACCGGUGGUUCGACACAGCCAUGCUCUUUGUCAUCGUCUUCUCAUGCGUGGCUCUGGUGCUAGACGCGCCUGACCUGGAUCCUGAAUCCACAUUGGCCUCCGUGCUGCGGGUGCUCGACUACUUUUUCAUCGCGGCCUUCACGUUGGAGGCGGCACUCAAAAUCAUCACGUUUGGCUUCGCCUUCACCGGCAAGCACGCCUACAUUCGCAACGGCUGGAACGUGCUCGACUUCAUCAUCGUGCUUGCGGGCUACGCGCUGAUUAUCCUGGCGGCAAUCAUCGGGCCCGAGGGCAGCAGUAAGCUCAAGGUGCUACGUGUGCUACGUUCCCUGCGCGCGCUCCGGCCGCUACGCGCCGUUAAUCGCUUCGAGGGCCUGAAGCUGGUGGUGAACACGCUCUUUGCGGUACUGCCGGCCAUGGGCAGCACCCUUCUGGUGUGCGCGCUGUUUUACAUCAUCUUUGCCAUCCUGUUUGUCAACCUGCUCAAAGGCAAGCUGUUCAAUUGUGUGAAUCCCGAGUCUGGUGACCGCCUGGAUCCAGACUACCUGCUGCCGCCUGGCGAGACCCUGACGCGCGAGUGGUGUGAGGUGGGCGCGCAGACCAUCAACUCGUCCUCCUACUACAACGGCCGCGGCAUCACGUCCAUGCCGCCGUACAUCAUCACCACCAGCUGGGUGAACCCGAUCGCUAACUUUGACAACGUGGCAGUGGGUAUUCUGACGCUGUUCCAGGUGGCCACCAUGUCCCUGUGGCUGGACAUCACAUUCACCGCGGUUGACUCUACAGAAAUUGGUGAGCAGCCAAUCUGGAACAACCAGCCCAUCUAUUGCGUCCUCUUCAUAAUAUUCAUCGUUGUGUGCUCGUUCUUCGUGCUGAACCUCUUCAUUGGUGUCACGCUUGACAAGUUCGCCGAGAUCCAGGAGGAGACCAACCGCGCCGGCGUGAUGCUGACGCAGCAGCAGCAGGCGUGGGUGUCCAUGCAGAAGGUCCUGGCGGGCGUGCACAUGCAGCACCAGCCCCCGCCGCCGCGGCAGAAGCUGCGCGCGGCUGUGCACCGCGUCGUGACUCACUCCGUGUUUGAGGGUUUUAUCAUGGCCGUAAUUGUGGUCAACGUUCUGUUUAUGGCAAUGGUCCACGCCGACAUGUCGCUGCAGUGGCAGGACGUCAUGUCGUACACCAACCUCAUAUUCACGGUUAUCUUUGGCCUCGAGGCGCUGCUGAAGAUUGUGGCGUUCGGGCCAUGGAAUUACCUGCGCGACAGCUGGAACGCGUUUGACUUCUUCGUGGUUAUUAUCUCGGUUGCCUCGGUGAUUCUGGACUUCAGCAACACCAAGAACCUUAGCUUUAUGCCGGUGCUCCGGGUGCUGCGGGUGGUCCGUGUGCUUCGCCUUGUGCGCACGGCCAAGGGCAUGCAGAAGCUGCUGUACACACUCAUUACUUCGCUGCCAGCUCUGGCGAACGUGGGCGGCGUCAUGCUGCUAUUCUUCUUCAUCUAUGCCAUCAUCGGCGUAAACCUGUUCGCGGGCAUCAAGUACGGCCAGGCAUUGAACAGUCACGCCAACUUCGACCGCUUUGCAAACGCCAUGUUGCUGCUGUUCAGGAUGCUGACAGGCGAGUCGUGGGACCAGGUCAUGCAGGACUGCAUGGUCACCUCGGACUGCGUGCUGGUCACCGCGCCGGGCGGCAUCAACGCCACCGACCCCGCAAGCACCAACAGCACCAUCCUCAUUCCGCCCGGCACCUACCUGAACCCCUCGGAUCCCGUGCUCAACGGCCUGCCCGAGGACGCAUUCGACAACCAGUGCGCGCUCAGCCCCUUCGCAGCCGCCUUCUACUUCCCUACUUUUGUGGUGCUAUGCACCUUCAUCCUGCUGCAGCUCGUGAUUGCGGUGCUGCUGGAGAACCUGGUCCAGGCUGACACCGACCAGACGCUGCCGGUUGCCAAGCCCGACCUGGACGCCUUCGUGGCGGCCUGGUCAGACCUGGACGGCCACGCUACGGGGCUGGCGCACGCCAGUCAGCUGUCGGUGCUGAUGAUGGCGCUCCCGCCGCCGCUGGGCACACACGGCCAGCCCGACUGCCGCAUGAAGACGGCGCGGGCGAUGCUGGCGCUGGAUAUACCGCUGUAUGUAGGCAACAAGUUAUCGUUUGUGGAGGUGAUGCACGCGCUGGCCGGCAACGUGUGCGGCACGGAGCUGCCGGACGCGGCGGAGGAAGCCGUGCGCCCCGCGCUGGCGCGGCGGCUGCCGCGCGGCUCCGCUGCGACUCGCUUCACGGCGGCUCACUACCACGCCGCCGACAACGUGCGUGCGGCCAUCAAGGGCUUCCUGCUGCGCUACACUUACCGGGACCAGCUGGGUGAUGCGCAGUUCUCACGGCAGCUGCAGGGCCUGGAAGAGAUGCGCUCAAAUGCCGCAGCCACAGCAGGUGCCGCGUUGUCAGGCGCUGCGGCUGGAGGUGCUGCCGCGGCUACCGGCAGCGCCUCGCGCCGCCAGCUGCCCACGGGUGGCGGCGGCAGCCGUGUGCAGAGCCGGCAGGGUAGCUGGGUGCGGGCAGGGAGCAGCGGGCGUGCAGCGCCACUGUCACUGUCGCGUGGGGACUCGGGGCGCGAGGGAUCUGCAAAGCCACCUGGGAGCGGCGAAGGUGUCAACGCACCAUCGGGGCCCGGCCACACCGGCCCGGAGUCAGGGCAGGUCGGCGAGUCGCAGGAUGCGCUCCUGGACAGCCUCAGCCGCGCCAGUCCCUUCGCCGGUGGCGCCGGCGUGGCAGCGGCGGCGGCCGCAGCCGCCAUCGCCGCUCCCGGCGCCGCGACGGCGGCGCUGCCACCUCGCUCGCCUGCAGGUCUGGUGACUUCCCACUCAAUGGCGCCAGUCAGCUCCAACUCCAUGAAGGCGCUGCUCGCCGCGCCCUCCUUUGCCAAACUUGGCAGUGGCCGGUCAGGAGCCCAGCCGCCGUCACGACCUCGGCCCGACGUGCCCAGGCCUCACCAGGCCAGGCACCCCUCAAACGCCACCAACGGCUCCGGUGCCACUGGUGGCGGCGCCAAUGGCGACGGUGGGGCGGCGCGCAUGGGCAGCAUGGUUGUGAACGGCCGGCGGCUUAGUGACGUGCGCCGGGAACUGGCGGAUGAGACGGCGGUCACCAUGCACUCCUUCACUGAGGCGCUGCUGCAAGCGGCGGUGAUGGGCAGGGAGGCAGAGGAGCUGGAGGAGCGGGCGCGGCAGCAGGCGGAGCUGAGCCGGGCCUCCACGGUUACUAGCAAACGAAGUCUGAUGGGCUUCCUGGGCUCCCUGGGGAAGCAGCAGCAACAGCAGCCAGGUGGUGACGUCGCGGUAGCAACGCCCGGCGCAGUGGUACAGGCACCCGCGGUUCCUGCGGUGACGCCGGCGGCCGGGGUCAAGGGAGGCCUGGCGGGCAGCACCGAACCCACAGGGCAACGCCCCAUGUCGACAACGGCUGCGGAGACAGCUGAACCGCAGCCCUGAUGAAGUGAUGCCGUGUGGACUCGACUCAACGCAGCGCCCGGUAUGACACGCAUUCCCACAUUGUUUGCAACGGCUCGUAAGGUGCAUGGUUAUUCGUCACAGGUCGUGCAGCCGCAUGUCUGGUUGCGUCAGGCGACGCCUGGGCAAGGCUGCGCCCGUGUGUACUGUACCGCGCGGGCGGCGAGCCUGUGCCAUGGUGUGGAGAGCGGCGUGGUGCACAACAGACUGGACGCACGGCCAUCGUGGAAUCAUGCCAACAAAAACGUGGAGGGGUGGACACUCAGGGCAUUGGCUGACGGUGGUGGCAAUCACAUGCAUGCACACGGGACUUGGGUAUGUGCUGUGUGCGUGUCCAUCGCAGGGCUCAUGGGAGGGUCAUGAACUGCUCGUAGUGUCAAGCAUGCGUGUUGGGGUGGGAAUGCUGUGUACAGGGUCGCACAUAACCCAAGAAGUCUAUACCGUAGUAUACCGGACCAUGCCAUUCAUCCGUGUGAGCGUCAUUUUGCGUGCAGUGUCUGAAGCUGCUGCAGAACUUCGUAGCACUCGAUUUGCAUUUGGAGCACCUUGUAAUGGGCGCAUGGGCAGACCGGGGCCACCCGGGGUUAAGGAGUUAAAUCGUGGGCGUCGAGUGAUUGUCAUAUGAAUGCGACAUAAUAAGAAGGGACAGUCCGACCAAGCAAGGGUCAGCAGGGAACCAUCUCUCUUGUCAUAUGCAUCGCAUAUUGCUGCCCAUCCAGUGCUUGGGGAGUGCGCGCACUUGCGCGUGACAUGUUAUAGAAGCGCACAAAUACAAUGAAUGCAUGCAGACUGCGCAAGCAAGCACUGCACUGGCAGCAGGCGUGUGGAGGGCGGUUGGCAUGCGGCAGGUGACGGGCCGACCAGGAGCUGUGCCCUCAGACGCUUACUGAGUUACUGGCAAGUGGACACCCAAAUCCUUUGCCAUGCACGUGCAAGCCCCCGUGUAAUAGUACUUGUUG